AUGUUCCAUCUGCCGAGGUUCUUGAAGGUGGAUCAUCCCCUUCUUGUUUGGUCUACACAACGCUCAGAGUUUCUCGACGAGAUCUUGAAACUCGAUGCUUUCGAAACCGGUGACAACAAUGCAUGCGAAGCUUGCAAGGUUGAUUCUGGCCUCUUUCGCUGUCUUUCCUGCGUGGAUACUCAGCGCCUUUGUCAAACUUGUAUCGUUGCUGGGCAUGAAGGCUUGCCCCUGCAUAGAAUAGAGGAGUGGUGCUCUUCAUUCUUCCACAAAACGACACUCGCCCAACUGGGGCUUAAGUAUGAACUGGGACAUGGAUAUAAGACACCGUGCCUCUUUCCUGCGAUCAUUCCAGAUUUCGUUGUCAUUGAUAUCGAUGGCAUUCACACCGUUAACAUGGCAUUUUGCAAUUGUACUCAAGGGAUCCCACGGCACAUCCAGUUACUUCGUCGACGACUUUUUCCUGCGACAACGAUAUAUCCGCAUACUGCAUUCACAUUUCGUGUACUUCAUUUCUUCCAGCUACUUUCGUUCAUGUCAAAGGUCUCCGCAUAUGAGUUCUAUCAUACAUUGGCUCACUUGACUGAUAAUUCUGGGAUGCAUGCGCCUCCAAUUACUCAUGAAAAUCAGGACUGCUAUCAGGCUUUUCUUCGGGUCUUGCGAGAGUGGCAUCACAUUCGUGCUUUGAAACGAUUCGGAUGUGGUACCAAACAGGGCAAACUCGCUCUUCGUUGCCCUGCAUGCCCUCAACCAAGUGUUAACUUACCUCCAGAUUGGAACCUGAAUCUGGCUACUCGCUGGUUAUACCAUUUGUUUCUAGCUAUAGAUGCGAAUUUCCGGCUCCAUCGAUUGAACGUCUCCAGCGACCAAUCUGAUCCAGGACUAAAUCUCGGAUACGGUUAUUUCGUUGAAGAAACUGCUUUUCGUAACCACAUUGAUAUGUUUGGAAAGGUCAUUCCCGAGGAAGAGAAGAGUACAUGCAAUAAUCACAAUGCUGUCAAGCUUGCGAACAGUAGAGGCGGACAUGGUGCCACGGCAACAGGGGUUGGUGCCGUGGUCUGCAGACGACAUGAUAUGAAACGUCCUCUCUCAGUCGGAGACCUCCAGAAAGGUGAAAGAUAUCUCAAUAUGGAUUACUUUGUUUUAUCAACCCUAUCGGACAAUACGCCUCCGGACUUGGUGAUAUCCUAUGACAUUGCAUGUCAAUGGCACAAAAACUUUUUCGCCUGA